AGAGAGAGAGAGAGAGAGAGAGAGAGAGAGUGAGGGAGAAGGAGAGAGACUCUUCGCGAGUUAGUUACGGUUGCCGAUAACGGGUCAAUCGGCGAUAAUAGCGUGUAACACAGUCAUUUCUACGAUCGAUCGUCAUCGCGCGCACCGGUAUAGAGGAGAACGCGGUGUAGAGGAGAGAGAGAGAGAGAGAGAGAGAGAGAGAGAGAGAGAACAUAGGAACUCGUGUCACGUACGGUCAGCGGCCAGUGUACAUACGGAGAGGGCGAGUGGGUGAGCUGAGGGGGGCUGAAGAGAGAGAGAGAGGAGGGUGAAGGUAUAUCGGCCGAUUCAGAUAAGCCGUGUUGCGAUAAGGUAUGGACGCUCCGUUACGGCCGUGAUCAAUCUGUGACAGACUGCAAACAGAGUUUUUGUGAGAAGAAGUAGAAGGAAAGAGAAAGAGGGAAAAACAAGACGAGACGCGGUCGGCCGAGCGGGCGGCCGCACGAGUCGAGCUUACCGUGAACUCGCGAUUCGCAUAAAUAGCGUAGGUCGCGACUACUCGACACGUAACGUGUACACACCGUUUAAAUCGCGUACGCGCACACAUACACAUCACAUACACGCGUAUGUAUACACACGUAUAUAUCUAUCUAUAAUAUAUCUAUACGCGCAUGCAUGCAUAUACGUAUCUCGCGUUCGUAUAUUGUACGUGAUAGAGGCGCACAGUGAAUAAAAACAAGGAAGGAAAGUGAAAGAAAGGGAGAGAAGAAAAGAAAGAGAGAGAGAGAGAGAGAGAGGGGGGGAGGAAGAGAAAAGAAAAGAAAAAAAAAAGAGACUAUUAGUGUGGGAAUACAAGAGGUGUAGGAGCCUGUACAUUGUAUACGAGAGAGGGAGAGAGUAUAUCUCUCCCCGAAUCGGCGUGUUUCAUCGUGAGGCCGCAUCGUCUUCGUACGAAUCUACAUGCCACAUCGAGUGUCCCCUCGACCGAUUGAGGACAAUUCGGGAAAUUAAGCCGACCAAUCGAGGACCCUCCGACCAUGUCGCUGCUCAGCGUAACGGUGAAGAAGGCGCGGUUCGUCUGCGAGGAUGCGGAACAGUUCAACUCCUACGUGACGUUGAAGCUGCAAAACGUGAAAUCGACCACAGUCACCGUGAAAGGGGCCAAUCCAUGCUGGGAGCAAGACUUCCUCUUCGAGACGAAUGACAUGAACGCCGGGCUCUUGGUGGAGGUAUGGUGCAAGGGAUUCUUAUGGGACCGCUUCUUGGGCUACUACUAUAUCCCGCUGUCUGAGGUGUCCUACAUGAACGAGGUAACGAGAAAUCAGUGCAACUUAAGUCGUAACGAGGCACAGCGUCAAGCCGAGUCGCACACUUCGUCUGACAUGCGUGACACCAACAGCAACACACAGCAAGACGUCAUCGGUGACACGGAGACUACCGGCCAAUGGGUCGGCCUGAACCUGGAGCUGGAGAUGAGGGGCACCGAGGUCGUCGGCACGAAGAAGCCGACGGGUCAUUCCCUACUGAUUGACUGCCGGCUGGAGCUGCCGUACGGAAACAAACGCGUACAACGAACUGGAUGGAAAGCCCUGCUAACGAGCGAAACAGCAAUGCAGUUGCGAGCAGCCCGGCCCAUGUGUGGCUCAGACCCCGAGAACACGGAGACUGCCGAUCUGCAGAGGAAGCUGGAAAUGCUGAACAACAUGAUGGACCAGGAGGCGCGGGCCGAACAGGCACGAAGACAGAUAUUGUUCAAUAUAGGCCACUCGGGAUACUCGGAGGACUCCGACUACACGUCGGACUUGAAUUUUCCAAUAGGCGGACAGGGCGCGAACAGCUCGGCCUCGCAGUUUCGCACGGCGGCCAACCAGCUGGCUACGCCUCAGAGGUCCCUCGAGACGUCGAGAGAAAACAGUUACGAGAGGGACGAUCAUCAGAUCCCAGUGACCGUCGGUGGAAGACUAGCGCCCGGUAACUACGGGAGUUACAGCGGCUCGGGCCACAGUCCGAGGUACGACGAGCCGUAUCCCGAGGAAGGUCUACCGCAGAGGUACUUGCAGUCCCAGCAUCCCACAGAGUCUUCCGAGCCACUCUUCUACAACAGCAGACCGAAGCACUACAAGGAAUACAGGCGACGGAAGCACACGUGGGAUUACGAGGACAGCCAAGACGGCUGGUACAACGAGAGCUACGACUAUCACGACGUCACGAAGGUCGAUGACACGAGAAUCUACAGCGAGACCGAGUACUGCACAAACAGCUCGAGCACGAGGAGAGCACGGGGCGGAAAAGCUGUACCGUACAGAAGACCGUCUCUGGAGAGACAGAUGACCCUAUAUGACGAUCACUCGUAUUACGCUGACGGGUACAGCAACGACGGCAGAGUCGGCAAAAUGAGCGCCACGUAUCCAGAAUGCGAGACGGAUAUUAGGUAUAACGAGUACUACGACACCAUAACGGGAUACGUCUAUCAGGACGAGAGGUACGGCCAGGACGACGAGGACAGGCAGUGGGACAGCGGAGGGAAAUGGUGCUCGGGAACGACGAGUACUUACUAUGAAAAUAAACGUAACAGAAAGACGCUUCCGCAACGGCCGGCCUCGAGCAUCGGAAUUCACCGGCCGGACUACAGGCCCGCCGUUACCCGACAGCGUAGCUACGAGUCGGAAGAGCUCGACUACAACAGCCACAGCGCUCGUCGGCGAAAGCUCCUGCAGCCGCAGCAACGUCCAAUGUCCCGGCAGGAGGGCACCGGUAAGAAACUACCUCCGACUCCGACCAAGCCGAGCAACGUGGUGAUCGGUCGUAAGCUCGCGUCUCUGCCUGCGACGCCGAGCAGACAACUGCCAAAGACCACCAGGACGCCCUCCGAGGAGAGCUACUACAAGUCCGACUACAACGAGGACUACAAUUACGCUUACCGUAGUCAGGACAAUCUGCCGCAGGACAUGUACACGGAGAGCAUCUACGGGCAACAGGGCAGCGCCGGCUGCGGCGUCGAGCAGCAGCCGGUGCAGCAGCAGCAGCAGCAGCAGCAGCAACAACACGUCGCCAACAAGGCUCACUACCCCGAGAUUAGUCAGGUUAAUCAGUACGUGACUGAUUACGCGGCUACCACACAGGUCGACGACCAGUACGGUCAUUCGUACCCGGAGCAGCAGCACGCGCAGCAAAAUAGCUACGGGCAGCAGACGUACGCGCAGCAGAACUCGUACAAGGACGAGUACCAGCAGCAGCCGUACGCGCAGCAGAACACCCAGGUGUAUCAAGAACCGUAUCAGGACACGACAUAUCCGACCGUCGCCAGCCAGGCGAACGACCAGUACACGGGGAGUCAGCCGAAGAGCCAGUACGACAAGCCGGACGGCAUGAUAAUCGAGGACAACUAUCACGAGAUGGGCUUCAACCAGAACAACGUGCAGUACCAGCAGGAUUACAAACAGGAUGUUUACCAAGAGCAGUAUGACGAUUACAGCGCCGUGACCGUGUCGUCGUCGAGCGUCUACGAGCAGAACAACAUCACCAACACCUACAAUCAGUACCAAUCGGAGCAGUACGACUCGCAGUACAAUAUUAAUACGUCGACCGAUUAUCAUCAGAAGACUUAUCAAGAGACGUACAAUCAAGUGCCUGUUACGUCGCAGGAGAAUUAUCAGGAAUCCUAUACAAAGCAACCGGAAGACUUCGUAGAUUAUCAAACUCCGUACAGUAAGCAGUCGGACGUACCUACGACGUACAAGAAUAAUUAUCAGGAAUCUUACGAGGACUAUCAAGAGUUGUACGACGAGUAUCCAGACUCUUACCAAGGAUCCUUCGAGGAGCAGCAGCGCUACAAGGAUAGCUCGGCGACGACGACGACGACGACGACGGCUACGGUAGCCGCGGACAGGAGGCAAAGCGAAGUGCCUGAGCUCUCUGUGACCACGCCUAAAGGUCAGACGAGAACCAACGGUUAUCCGUCGAACAAGUCGGAAUAUUUCUAUCAGUCGCAAGAGAACGAGGACACGCCGCCGUUGGUGACCUCGCGGAGGAAGAGACUCGGCAAGCGCGAGGCUAGUCCGCUUCUCCAGCAGAACACCGACUCCCUGGAGUCGCGGGAUGACGAUCUGAAGGACUCGUUCGAGACCGCCGUCAGCUCGAUCGGCAGCAGCCAACUGAAGAAAGGCUACGCCGAGUAUUCGACGGCCAGCGGGAGUCCCGCGCCCGUCGCUUCGGCGGACUCGCCGCAGAGCAUCUCGCAGAUCCCGCAGACCACGAUGGUCAAUCACGUGACGAUGGCCAACCACGUGUCCAGCAGCAUGACCGUGACCGCGAUAGUGCACGCCAACACCGCGAAUGGUAAGCGACUGGCCAGGGCUGACUCCUAUCAGGAGGAUGUGAUCGAAGACGACGAGGAGUACAUCCCGGAGAUCAUCCCCAAGGAGCGCAAGGACUCGCAAAUGUCGCAUCACAGCCAGCUCAGCCAGCACUCGUCGACGCACUCGCAGAAACCGAAGCUCCUCAGAGGCGACUCCUACGGGUCGGACAACUUCCCUGAGGAGUACAGUCGCAGAGAUUCGUACGCACAACUGAGCAGGAAAGACUCCUUCUCGAGCACGCAGGACGGCUUCAAGCCGCCCUUGAUCAGGACCGAUUCGUAUCAGCAGAGAGAAUUACGGGCGGGCAGUUACGGGCAGAACUUCACCGCGCCGCAGCCCAUCUCGCGAGCGGAGAGCUACCAGCGCGGUCACUUCAAGGAUCAGGAGUCGAUAGAUCAGAGCGACAUCGUUCUGAGCAACGCAGUCAACGGGGACUAUCAGAUGCGGGACGAGACUCUCGAGAGGUACGAACGGGGCGAGGAAGCUUUGCUUCGUAACUCUCGGGAGGACUCACUGGUCGAGCCGUACAAGGCAACACCGCCGUUGUCGCACAUCGACAGUCCACGUGGGAGCAUAACGAAGCAGGCGUCCUUGGAAGAGAGCGUUCAGAUGGACACUCCGCCGCGAAGCCCGCCCGAGCCGACGCCCGACGAGGAGCUGUUGAAGAUGGUCGGGGCGGCGCCGGUGCCGACGCAGUUGAAGGAACGUCCGGGGAUGACGGCGAGGCAACGCUGGCAUUGGGCGUUCAACCAGAUCAUCCUCAUCGGCAUGAACGUGAGUACCAUGACUUUGUCAUUUUCGCCUAUAAUCCCGUCGGUGCGAUACGCAGGUUUCCGCCGGUCGCAGGUGAGUCUUAUCUUGGCGCAAUGCUCUGCCUUCAAGCGUACUUGUCAUGUCGAAGCGAGCGUAUGAUUACAGAGCGAAUCAACGCUCGCCGCGCCGCGAGCGCUCGUUUCUCACUUUGUCUUCUUUUCCCCGCUGAGAAAACGAGAGCGGCGAAAAAUUGCGGCCGUAUGCCGCUAAAUAAAUGUUUUCCCCCCUUCCGCUUCGGCCGCCCGGACUCCGACUUCGCA